AUGUCAUUUGAACAAUACGCUAUAACUAUAAUUUCCAAAACUUCACGUUUAAGUGAAGAAAGUUGUUCAUUUAUACAGAAAUUUAUUGGUGAACAAUUAAAGCUUGAAGUCAAAUCAACACGAGUCUUAUCAGAAAACCGUGUCAUUGACUACAUAGUUGAACCAGAACACCCAGAAGCCAUUGAAACCUUCAUCAAAAAUGAAAUUUUGACCAUACCUAAGGCAUAUGACAUCAUUUUCCAACGUCAAUCAACUAGACAGAAUAAGAAGUUGUUUAUUUUUGAUAUGGAUUCAACUUUGAUUUACCAAGAGGUCAUUGAGCUUAUUGCUGCAUAUGCAAAUAUUGAAGAUAAAGUAGCUGAAAUCACUGAAAGAGCCAUGAAUGGUGAACUUGACUUCAAUCAAUCUUUACAACAAAGAGUUUUAUUAUUGAAGGGCAUUGAUUCAACUUCAAUUUGGGAAGAAUUGAAAGAGAAGAUCAAAAUAACCAAAGGGGCUAGAGAAUUAUGCAGAGCAUUAAAGAACUUGAACGUUGUUAUGGGGGUUUGUUCGGGGGGAUUUAUUCCAUUGGCCCUGUACGUUAAAGAACAGUUAGGAUUGGAUUAUGCAUACGCUAACCAAUUGGGUACUACUGCCGACUUAAAAUUAGAUGGUACAACUAAUGGCCCAGUUGUUAAUGGUGAUAAAAAGGCUGAACUUUUACUUGAAAUCGCCGAUAAACAUUCUAUUAAUCCCCAAGAUGCUGUAGCAGUGGGUGAUGGUGCCAAUGACUUGAAAAUGAUGUCAGUUGCCGGAUGGGGGGUUGCAUGGAAUGCCAAACCUACUGUUCAAAAACAAGCACCAAGCUGUUUGAACUCAGACUCUUUACAAGACAUCCUUUACAUUAUGGGUUACACUGAUGAGCAAAUUAAAGAUUUAAUUAAUUAGAGUAUAUAUAG